CAUAUAUAGUUAAGAAGUCUAGGUUGCUUCUAGAAGAAAACAGUUCCACAUUGCUUGAAACUGAAUAAUCAGGAUAAAAAUGUUCACAAUUAAGCUCCUUCUUUUUAUUGUUCCUCUAGUUAUUUCCUCCAGGAUUGACCAAGACAAUUCAUCAUUUGAUUCUGUAUCUCCAGAGCCAAAUUCAAGAUUUGCUAUGUUAGAUGAUGUAAAAAUUUUAGCCAAUGGCCUCCUUCAGUUGGGACAUGGUCUUAAAGACUUUGUCCAUAAGACUAAGGGCCAAAUUAAUGACAUAUUUCAAAAACUCAACAUUUUUGAUCAGUCUUUUUAUGAUUUAUCAUUACAAACCCGUGAAAUCAAAGAAGAAGAAAAGGAACUGAGAAGAACUACAUAUAAACUACAAGUGAAAAAUGAAGAGGUAAAGAAUAUGUCACUUGAACUCAACUCAAAACUUGAAAGCCUCCUGGAAGAAAAAAUUCUACUUCAACAGAAAGUAAAAUAUUUAGAAGAGCAACUAACUAACUUAAUUCUAAAUCAACCUGAAGCUCCAGAACACCCGGAAGUAACUUCGCUUAAAACUUUUGUAGAAAAACAAGAUAACAGCAUCAAAGACCUUCUCCAGACUGUGGAAGAACAAUAUAAACAAUUAAACCAACAGCACAGUCAAAUAAAAGAAAUAGAAAAUCAGCUCAGAAGGACUAGUAUUCAAGAACCCACAGAAAUUUAUCUUUCUUCCAAGCCAAGAGCACCAAGAACUACUCCCUUUCUUCAGUUGAAUGAAGUAAGAAAUGUAAAACAUGAUGGCAUUCCUGCUGAUUGUACCACCAUUUAUAAUAGAGGUGAAAGUACAAGUGGCAUGUAUGCCAUUAGACCCAGCAACUCUCAAGUUUUUCAUGUCUACUGUGAUGUUAUAACAGGUACUCCAUGGACAUUAAUUCAACAUCGAACAGAUGGGUCACAAAACUUCAAUGAAACAUGGGAGAACUACAAAUAUGGUUUUGGGAGGCUCGAUGGAGAAUUUUGGUUGGGCCUAGAGAAGAUAUACUCCAUAGUGAAGCAAUCUAAUUAUGUUUUACGAAUCGAGCUGGAAGACUGGAAAGACAACAAACAUUAUAUUGAAUAUUCUUUUUACCUGGGAAAUCAUGAAACCAACUAUACGCUACAUCUAGUUGAGAUUACUGGCAAUGUCCCCAAUGCAAUCCCAGAAAACAAAAAUUUGGUGUUUUCUACUUGGGAUCACAAAGCAAAGGGACACUUCAACUGUCCAGAGAGUUAUUCAGGAGGCUGGUGGUGGCAUGAUGACUGUGGAGAAAACAACCUAAAUGGUAAAUAUAACAAACCAAGAGCAAAAUCUAAGCCAGAGAGGAGAAGAGGAUUAUCUUGGAAGUCUCAAAAUGGAAGGUUAUACUCUAUCAAAUCAACCAAAAUGUUGAUCCAUCCAACAGAUUCGGAAAGCUUUGAAUGAAUCAAGGCAAAUUUAAAAGGCAAUAAAUUAAACAUUAAACUCACCCCAAGUUAAUGUGGUCUAAUAAUCUGGUAUUAAAUCCUUAACAGAAGGCUUGAGAAAUAGAUAUUUUUAAAUCUUAAAGUCACUGUCAAUUUAAGACUAAACAUAUAAUCACACAAUCUUAAAGAAUAUAGCUUAUAUUUCUCCACCAAAAUUCUUAUAAUUUGUUCUGUAUUUUGUGAUGUGGAUAUCAAUUUUAGAUGGUCACAAUCCAAAUUAUAAUGAACAGGUGAACUUAUUAAAUAAUGUUCAUAAAUUAAAAAUUUACAGAGACUUUUAUUUUAAAAGUUAUAUGAGCUACAACUUUCCCAGUUCAAAAAACUAGUUUUCUCAUUAAAAUUCUAAACUUGACUAAACAGACUGAUAAUUGUACAGUUCUUAAAUGCUGUAAUAUUAAUUCCAAAACUAAAAAUUGUCAGUCCAGGGUAUGUGUAAAAAUCUGUAACAUAAAUGAAAACUGAUGCUUCAUUUUGCUAUAAAAUAAUUUGGAGUAAAUGUUGGAUAUGAUUUAUUUAUGAAACCUAAUGAAGCAGGAUUAAAUACUGUAUUAAAAUAGGUUCACUGUCUUUUAAACAAAUGUAGAUGAUGAUUACUAAGUCACAUUGACUUUAAUAUGAGGUAUCACUAUUCCUUAACAUAUUUGUUAACAUAUAUACUAUACACAUUUUAUGUAUUUUAACACUUGAUGCUAUGAAAACAAAUAAUUGUAAAGGAAUCUUGUCAGAUUACGUAAGAAUCAACAUAUUUGUGGCAUCAAGUUAAAGUUUUUAUUUCCCCUAAACAUGCUGUUAUUCUAAUAAUUUUGUGUAGGUUUUCAAGUAGAAAUAAGUGUCAUAACAAGUUACUGAAUGUUUAGAUAGCCUGACAAGCAUGCAUAUAUGUUUAAAAUUCAAAAAAUACUCUGUCCCUAAAUUA